AUGCCUGAAAUGUCUCUAAUUGCACGUCAAUAUUCCAGUGAAGAACUUAUGACCUCUAACGUUCAAGAGAAUAGGGCUCCAGUUUAUACAUUACCAAAUGUCGGAACGUUUAAAAAACUUCCGGGUUCAGAUAAAUGGGUAUUUGAUUCUUUUCGUAAUACUACUGUAGAUACAGAGGCUCCAAAACAGAGAUUUGUAUUUCCAAUGAAAAACUUUGAAAAUGAAGAAACGGAAGAAACUCAAGUAGAAGGGGAGUUAAAUAAUAAUAAUAAUAUUCCAUCGUCAUUAGGAAAAAGAAAUCAGAGAAAAGAUGAAGAAGAAAUUUCAUCCGAUUCUAUGGAGCAUCCAGAACAUCCACGUCAUAAACCAUUUUUAAAUAGUUUUGGCGAAACAUAUUAUUCACUUAAGAAUGCAAUGCAAUUAAUUGAUCUUAUGCAAGAUACUCGAAUAAUCUGGAAUCAAAUUCAAGAACAAUGGACACCAUUUUGGUUAAAACGUCCAUGUGUACUUUUAAGAGAUUUCUCACGUUUACAUAGACUUCCAGAUCCAAUUUAUUCAUUAAAAAUAGAAAGUAAUGAUACCUACUUAUUUGAAUGUUUUAUUGGUGAUCGACAUUUUAAUCCUUUACAAUCAUGUUUUAAAUGUUGGACCGAAAAUGAUGCAAUUGAUUAUACAUCAAUUCAUGCAUUUGAAAUUUUAUAUAUAAAAUUUAGUGAAUUUUCAGGACAUGAUAUAGGAUAUCCAAUAAAUAAAAGAGCACGUUGUAAACAUGAAGCCAAUAAUAACAUUGAUUCAAUAAAUCAAUGGAGUUAUCAUCAACAAAAGAAUUCAUCUUUUUGGAAACAACGACCAUGUGUUUUAUUAUAUGAAUUUUGUCGAUUACAUUCUUUACCUGUUCCAACUUAUACUUUAAAAAUUAAUCGAGAAUUAGGAAGAUUUUGGUUUGAUUGUUCAAUUGGUAAUGAAAGAUAUUUUUCACCUCAAAAUAAUCCAUGUAUGUGUUGUUGGAUUCAAAAUGAAGCAAUUGAUCAUAUAUCAAUUCAAGCAUUUGAAGAAAUAUUUAGAGAAAUGUGUGAUCGAGAUAUUCAAGUUUUAAGUUAUCCAUCACAAAAGCGAGUAGAAUGUACACAUGUUCAACCUACACCUAAAUACGAUUUUAGAGAAAGUUCAAGGAAUCAAAAUUUAAAUUAUGAUAAUAAUCGUGUACAAGCUGAAUCAUCAAGAUCAUCCAGUAGAAUAAGAGAUAUAAAAGAUGUAAGAGAUGUAAGAGAUAUGAAAGACAUGAGAGAUGAUGUAAGAGACAUGAGAGAUGUAAGAGAUAUAAGAGAUAUAAGAGAUAUAAGAGAUGUAAAAGAUAUGAAAGAUGUAAGAGAUGAAAGAAGUUGUGAUCUUACUAAUAAAAUAUCUAAAGAAAGCAACCGUGAAAAGAGUGAUGGAUUGAACAUAAUAAGUAAUUAG